UAUGAACCAUUUUCACGAAUUUUCAUCAUCCCAACACUAAAACUUAAAAGUCACAAAGAAAUUAAAAUCAUACAUUAUGAUGAAAAGAUUAUAUUCUCCAACACAUUGUAUUGCAUUCUUCAGCAUGCUUUGCAUUACAUCACAAAUCAGCCCAAUCUUAGCAACACAACGUCCAACAACAAUCACUCCAACAUACACAGAUUUCUUAAAAACAUCAUGCAAGGCAACACUUUACCCUGAGCUAUGCUAUAAUUCCCUUUCAACCUACACAAAUGUCAUUCAAACAAGCCCUGAAAAACUGGCUAAUGCCGCCCUCUCGGUAACCUUAACCACCACGAGGACCACCACAGACAUGAUUUCUCGGAUGUCGAAUGGCCCCGGGAUACGACCAUCCGAAGCAGGUGCCUUAAGGGACUGUUUGGAAGAGCUAAAUGAUGCUAUAUAUGAACUUCAAGAAUCCAUCAUGGAGAUGUUUCAUAUUAAAGGUAGCAAGAAACUUGGUCUCAAAAUCAAUAACAUACAAACUUGGGUUAGUGCUGCAUUGACUGAUGAAGACACUUGUAUGGAUGGAUCUAGUGGAGGAGAGGCCAUGGAUGGAAAGUUAAAGAGUGUUGUAAGAGGGAGAAUUGUCAAUAUUUGUCAUCUUACUAGCAACUCCUUGGCUUUGAUCAAUGAUUAUGCUUCAUCCAUGCUCAAUUAGCUAGAAUUAAAUUGCACAACUAGUUUGGUGUGAUUGUUGAUGAACUUUUUCUAGUUAAUUUUUUCA